ACUGCCGGAGUGGUUGAAAGUGGGAAAGAAACAAGGUUAAACAGAUGAAGGUGAAGUAAAACAUGUAGAGAGAGAGAGAGGGCGGGAUUUUUUAUUUCUUUUCUUCUAGAGGUAUUUGUUGGGCGGUGAGGAGAGGGGAUUUUUCUGGACCGAGGGCGAGGGGUUUGGGUAAUAGAGACAUAGAGAUAGAGAGCAAUAGCUGUCGAAAGGGCGUUUCGCAGCGCAGAGCGAACGCUUCAACCGCAUUGUUUCCCGGCUACAAGGUAUCCAAUCUCUUGCUUCUCUCUCUCUUGCCCCCCUCAAUGUGCUUGCGAUUUUUCAGAUUAGAUGUAUAGUUGAAGGUGAAGAAGGAAAGAAAAAAAAAGAGAGCAAAGGUGGAAGGAUUUUGGCGUUUCUAGUGGCUCGUCUUCGUCGUCGGAAGAAGAUCUGCGGAUUCGCCGGCGGAAAUGAGCGCUUCUAGGUUUAUAAAGUGUGUCACUGUCGGGGACGGUGCCGUUGGUAAAACAUGUAUGCUGAUUUCCUACACCAGCAACACAUUCCCCACGGAUUAUGUACCAACUGUUUUUGACAAUUUCAGUGCAAAUGUGGUUGUUGAUGGGAACACAGUCAACCUUGGGUUGUGGGAUACUGCUGGUCAGGAGGACUAUAACAGAUUAAGACCUUUGAGUUAUCGAGGGGCAGAUGUUUUCCUGUUGGCCUUCUCUCUUAUUAGCAAGGCCAGCUACGAGAAUGUAGCCAAGAAGUGGAUUCCCGAACUGAGGCAUUAUGCACCUGGUGUUCCCGUAAUUCUUGUUGGAACAAAGCUUGAUCUUCGGGAUGACAAGCAGUUCUUCGUUGAUCACCCUGGUGCAGUACCCAUUUCUACUGCUCAGGGAGAAGAGCUGAAGAAAUUGAUUGGAGCUCCUGCCUACAUUGAAUGUAGCUCAAAAACCCAGCAGAAUGUUAAGGCAGUCUUUGAUGCGGCCAUUAAGGUGGUUCUCCAGCCGCCCAAACAAAAGAAGAAGAAGAAGAGAAAGUCUCAAAGAGGGUGCUCCAUUUUGUGAUUAUGGAAAGAAUAGGUGCAGAAGGAAAGAUAACUAUGUGAUAUUUCUCCUGUAGUCUCUCUCAACCUCUUUCUGCCUCUUGAGGAAGCAGCAGUGCCUUGGUGUAUAGUCUCGACUGACACUACUAGGGAGCUCAAUGAAAGCAUCAGGUGGUUUGUUUUCUGGCUUUCUCGGUGUUAUUGUGAUCUGUAAUCAACGAUUCGCAGUGUUAAAUGGUUCCAUACACAUCACUCUUGUUAUUUGGAUUUAGAUUCAUGUCAAAUAUUAACCAGAUGUGAGUAAGAUCCCCCCAUCUGAAAACAACUGUUCCUCGUCAUGGACUUGAUUAUAAUUCAUAUUUUGUAUCCCUAUUUAAAAAACACUGCAAAGGGGCCUUGGCUAUGUUUGCGAUGCUGUUCGGUGUGCUAUAACUACUUGCAGCAGAUGCUUGGGAAAUGGGAGUUGGAUGUGAUUUGUGAAUUGUGAAUUGUGAUGUUAAAACUUUAUGGUGAGAGCUAGUUUUGAUUGUUUGUCUUUA